UGCAGAGUUACAGAGAGCUACAGAUCUCCGCAGAGACCUUACCUCCUUGAGAAAGAAAUCAGUAGCAGGAAAGAAAAGCUCUCCGAUCCUCUUUCACCCAUAGGAUGAGGACAGAAGAGAGAGCAGUGUCCAGAUCUCAGGUUGCGAGACGGGGUUUUGCUCUGGGCAACAGGGACCUCUGGGGGAAUACAGUCCAUAGAGUCCUGGACGGGACCCACAUGCAGUGGGCCAACCAAGCCCAUCACUUCCGGAUGUUUUGCUACCGGGAAUCGGAGGGGCCCCGGGAAGUUUGUGGCCGGAUCCGGGCCCUCUGCCUCAAGUGGCUGAAGCCGGAGAAGCACACCAAGGCUCAGAUUGUGGACCUGGUGAUUCUGGAGCAGUUCCUCAAAGUCCUGCCCCACGAAAUGGGAGGCUGGGUGAGAGGCCAGCAACCAGAAAACAGCACCCAGGCAGAGGCCCUUGCGGAGCACUUUCUCCUCAAACAGGCUGAAGGAGCCCAGGUUGCGCCUGACUUGGCCACUCAGGCCCCAGAGGCAGAGAAGGACCCACCAAACCCCAGACGGAGCCUGCGCUUCAGUGGGGUCGCACAAGAAGAGGACCCAAGCGCCACAUUGCCAGGUAGGCAUUUCCAUGGGUUCCCUCCACUUGGUCUCUUCCUCUCAAAUACUUCUGAAAUCCGUCUUGAGACCUUGAGAAAAGGAGACCUGUCCAACCCAGAAGCAGAAGUCAACCUGCCAGAGGUCAUU